GCACAAGGCCGUGUUUGUUUAGUGGGAGAGGUGUCUCCAAGCAGCAAAGAAUCUGUCUGAAACAGUAUUACUAUUAUUACAGCUAGAGUUUGGCAAUUGCAUUCAACUGCAAGCACAAACCCUGAACGCCAUGCAAUGAAUGUAAGGAUAUUCAAGCACUAUAUUCAACAAAGAGCCUAAUUCAUGGCAUCAAGCAAAACGGAUGGAACAUGGACAGCUCUGCAGGAAAGUUUAACCCGCGUGAGGGAGCAAUAUGGGCUUUUACCACGUGCGGAGUGGGAUAAUCUGAUUGCUAUGACCUCCUAUAUAAAUUCAGAAAGACAGAGGAAUAAAAGUAGGGUCAAGCCUUUCCUGCCAAGUAUUCAGUUUAAAGAAGAAAGCAAUCCAUAUUUGGAAAACCUGGUUCAGAAACAACAGGCCAGGAGAGAAAAAAAUAAAGAAGACAAAUCAGUUUUCUGUGAAAAUGUACCUGUAAUGAAAAGGGGACAGCAUGACAAAACAAAGCCCAAAUUGGAACAAGAGGCAGUUAGAGUCUUCUUAAACAGUCAACAUUUUGCCUGGACCUUUAUUGAUUCAUUUAUGACUGAAGUUUUGCUGGAAGGCAUUCUCCUAGAUGUGGUGAUUGAAGCCCUAACUCAGAAGUCUACAGUGGUUCACCUGAAACCAUGGAAAUCUUCUGCCAAAGAACUCACAAGACAAAUAAAUUCAAAAGAAACAUUGUCAGUGUCACUCAGGGAUGAAGUGCUGGUUGAAACCUUGAGAGACCUGUCUGUUGAUGUAAUCAGAAGUGUAAUCCAGGAGUUUGUGGAUGAUCACCUCUUGAAGGCUGCCCUUUAUGAUUUCAUGGAUGAAUUAAUUACAGAAGUGACCCGCAAAGAAUUAUCAUCUGUGAUAGAGGAAGUUGUGGAAGACUCUGAAUUUGAACGUUUCCUUGAAGAUAUUAUUCACCCAGUUGUUGAUAAAGAAGUAAAAGUCACAGUAACUGCUGUCCUUAGCGAAUAUAAUGAGCAGAUUUCGGAACGGCAGCAGAACCAGAUUACAGUCAGUGCAAAUAAAUAUCUAACUGAUAUGUUUAUUUUGCAUCAUUUAAUUGGAAUGAUUGGAACCAAUAAAUUGGUGCUUUUUGAAAAGGAUUCAUCUUCAGUUCUGAUGGACAGUUUCAUUCUGGAUGUUCUUUUAAGACAGCAUGUCACAAUUCAUCAGGAACAGCAAGCAACCUUUCAGAAUUAUCCCAUGAGGCACUUUCAUCAAAAAGCCUUUAGCAGAGUGGCACUGGAGGUUCUGUUAUCAGAGCUAACUAUGGAGAUGGAUGAAGAUAUGGAGGAUAUUCUAGAAUAUGAGAAAUAUAUUGAGCUGGGAACCAGUGAGAACAUUUAACAAGAGGAUUCCAUUUAUGACAAUCUCCUACCAUUAACUGCCAAUUUGCAAAUGUUUUAGAUAUGAGAUACUGUAAAUAAAAAAAUCUAGUUUGGGACAGAAGUAGAUGUUUAAGAGCCCAGCUAUGCAGAUAUUUCACUCUGUACCAACCUCCCAUCAUGUUGCGUCAUUAUUUUGCCACCCAAUGAUUAGUGAGAGCUUGGGUAGGGCAUGCUAACUUAAUGGGGUGCUGACACAGGGGGGUCACAGUACUUUACUAAAAAGGCAGCAUCUUGUACCACUUUGCUCCAUUUGGCAAUUACAGCAGUCAAGUCUCGUGUCCCAAUAUUAGCGUUAGAGGAAGAAGUCUGGCCACGUGAGUUUUUACUUAUGCUGAGAUGGGAUUGGAGGUUUAGGAGCAUAAUAAGGACCAGACAGACAGGGGAAAUGUUGUCAAUGGAAAAAAAAUAUGCGAGAAUACUACAAUUGUUCUGAUGAAUAAUUUUAUUUCCUGCUAAAAUUGUAAGCACAAUACUUUUGCUUAAAUAAAUGCCGAUGUAGUUUUACACAAUGCAAGCACUUCCCUUCUGUAAUACUUAUUUGUAGAUUUCUAUCUGUUUGGGACCAGCAGCGGUAGCACCCCAUCUGAGCCAUUAAAUUACUUGGAGCAUUUGGACUUUGGUUUUUCUUUAUAACAGCAGUAAAAGCCCUUUAGAGUAUACAUCAUUUUUGCAUGAAUUUAAGUUAGCUUUAGUGAGUCUGAAAAUUUAUUUAGCAAACAUUCUGACAGUGAAAGUCAUUUUUGUAUUCCAAUGUAUUCACCAGAUCUAAGCCAUGCCCAAUAAAACCACAGUGUAAUAUCUGUCUAA